AUGGCUGGUGGCCAGAAGAAAUCCACCAAGAAGUUCGAAAAGAAGCAUCUUAAGGAUGUUCUCGAACGGCGAAAAGAGACAGCAAAGAUCAAGCAGCGAAACCAAAUGAAGGAAAAACGCAAGUCGGACAAUGUGAAAUCGCGAGCCGAAAGAGAAGGGGAUUCGGAAGAGAGAGAUGAUAAGGCAAAGAAGCAGGAUGCCUUUGCGGAAAUGAAUGUUGAUGACUUUUUCGCUGGAGGAUUCGAUAUCGCAGACCCUAUGGCCGACAAGAAGAAGGCGAAGAAGAAGGAUGUUCCCGCGAAAAUCGGAAAACGCAAGCGAUCAGAAGCCCAAGAAGAAGAUGAGGAACCUGCGGCGUCAAGCAGCGGAGAGGAGGAUGACGCCUCACAAGCUAGUGACUCUGACGAUGCCGAAACCCAUAAGGGGGAUCUUGAGGCUCUAAAACAGAGGGAUCCGGAUUUCUAUAAGUACUUGCAGGAAAAUGAUGCCGAGCUGCUCGAGUUCGGCGACCUUUCUGAAGUCGAUGCGCUGAGUGAAGGAGAGGAGGACCAAGAUGAACCGGCCAAGAAGAAAAAGAAGGCCGCUAAGGAGGAAGAGCCGUCUGCGGACCUCACUAUUGCAACUGUGAAAAAAUGGCAGAAUCUGAUGGAGGAGCAGCACUCUAUCCGUGCAAUGCGGCAGACAGUGCUCGCUUUCCGUGCCGCAGCGUAUCUUGAUGACCCAGAUGCCCAGGAGCAAAAGUAUUCGAUUUCAGACUCCAGCGUCUAUCAUCAGGUCCUCAUCACAGCCCUCGGCAAUGUUCCCAAAGUCCUCAAUCAUCAUCUCCCCGUCAAGGAGAGUGCAUCCGGGAAAGUCAGAGUAUCCCUAGACUCGAAGAAGUUCAAGACCAUGACACCCCUCAUCAAAUCGCAUACCUCUUCGGUUCAAAAGAUGCUUGCGAACUUGUCAGACGAACAGACUCUGAAGCUGACUCUCUCUUCUAUUGAACCCAUGCUUCCGUACCUCCUCCAGUUCAGAAAGCUUUUGAAGGUCCUCAUCAAAACCAUCGUCAGCAUCUGGGCCGAUGCAUCCACCACCGAAGCCACCCGAAUUGUUGGCUUUCUCCUCCUCCGUCGCUUGAUGGUCAUUGGUGAUGCAGGCCUCAAGGAAACAGUCCUUAAAGCCUCUUACGAGGGUGUUGUCAAAGGCAGCCGAAACACUACCGUGCACACGCUCGCAGGCGUCAACCUGAUGAAGAACUCCGCCGCGGAACUCUGGGGCAUCGAUCAAAACGUCUCCUACACAACAGGCUUCAGCUUCAUCCGCCAACUCGCAAUGCACCUCCGGAGCAGCAUCACAAACACCUCCAAGGAAAGCUACAAGACGAUCUACAACUGGCAAUACGUCCACAGUCUUGACUUCUGGUCCCGUGUCCUCUCUCAGCACUGUGACGGCCUCGUCGAGGCCAAAAUCGGCAAGCAAUCCGCCCUCCGACCCCUCAUUUACCCCGUCGUCCAGAUCAGCAUCGGCGCCAUGCGCCUCAUCCCAACAGCUCAGUACCUCCCGCUCCGCUUCCAGCUCACCCGGUCGCUUCUCCGUCUCUCCCGCGCCUCAGGAACAUACAUCCCCCUCGCCUCCUCCCUCCUCGAACCCCUCAACCUCUCCGAGCUCCGCAAGCCCCCCAGACAAGCGACCCUCCGCCCUCUUGACUUCACGACGUCAAUCCGCGCCCCGAAAUCAUAUCUCCGCACGCGCGUCUACCAAGAUGGCGUCGGCGAACAAGUCGCCGAGCUGCUCUCCGAAUUUUUCGUCCUCUGGAGCAAGCACAUCGCGUUCCCGGAACUCAGCGUCCCCAUUGUGGUUGCGCUCAAGCGUUGGCUCAAACAGGUCUCGUCGCGGAGUAACGGAAACCGCAACCAGAAGAUGAACCAGAUGAUUCUGCUGCUUGUGCAGAAGAUCGAAGCCAAUGCGAAGUGGAUUGAAGAGCGCCGCGUGCAUGUGAACUUUGCGCCGAGGAAUCGGGCGGAUGUUGAAGCGUUUUUGAAGGAUGUGGACUGGGAGAGUACGCCGAUGGGUGCAUUCGUUAAGGUUCAGAGGAAGUUGAGGGAGGAGAAAGCUGCUAUUUUGGAGGAGGGGAGGAGAGAGGAGGAACGGAGAAGGAAAGAGGAGAGGGAAGGUGGAGGUGAUGAUAUUGCUAUGGAUGAUGUGGCAAGUGAGAAUGAUGCAAGUGAAGAUGAGGAAGAGGAAGAGGAGGAUGUGUCUGAAGAAGAGGAGGAUGAUGAGGAAGAGGAAGAGGAAGAAGAGGAUGAUGACUGA